AGCGGACAUAUUCUCAAUAUUCUCCUGAAAGCCAAUGUGCAAAACACAAAGCAAUAACACAAGAGUUGAGACGUGUUGAACGGGAAAGAGACACUUACGCUGAAGGGGUCGUUGUCGGCACGGGUACUACAGAUGUGUACCCCAGGUACGUUUCUGUAUACAGAUAUGUAUCCUAGCCAAAAUCAGAAUACAGACCCCUUCAGCGACAGUUACAGAGAGAGUCUUGGAAAACUACGAGGCGAAGUGACCAAAGACAUUCGCGCAUUACACCUGCAGCUGAACCAGACGGUAGCUGAUCUGCAUGAUGCACGGAUGCUGAAAUCUGAACUAAAUCGCACCAAUUAUGAACUUUUUGAUGCAAAGCAACAACUCUCUGGUCUUACAGAGGACUUAGUGACACUGAAUAUGUCUUGUUGUUGUUGGAUGAGGAAAGCGUUUAAGGAGAGUGACGUUAAUGAAAGUUCGUUGACAACAUCGUCAUUGUCGCAGGUGUCAUUGACGACUUCGACUACGACGUAUCCUGGAACUACAGCAGCCUCCACUGACCCGAGACAGGAUCCGAGCCAGAGCAAGACGGGUCCACCAGUGCCAGUGACGACACAAUACUCUGAUCUGCAAGCGACUCCAUCACAAGCACACCGCGACCUCUACUCCGCAAGUUGGCGCGGUGACCUUGAGGCUGUGAAGCGGAUCCUGUCAGUGGGUCACGUAAACAGGGGCAGCAGAGAAUGGACACAGAGAUGUGGUGGAGCUCCUUGUGGCGUCCUUCACUACGCCUGUCGGGGAGGACACCUAGAUGUCGUGAAGCUGAUCCUGUCACAGGACGAGGUGGACAUCAACGUAAGGAACAUCUACGGGGAUUCAGCGGCCCACGUGGCCAGAGACUGGGGACAUCAGAAAGUGGCAGAGCUCCUGUUGUCACGUGGUGCUCUGUCACGUGGUGCACUGUCACGUGGUGCUCUGUGA